AUGCCACCCGUAACUCGUCUUCAGAGCCGGAAACAGAGAGCCGAGGUGGAAGACUCGAGCUCCGAGUCGGAUACCGAACGGGAUUUCGAUAUCGACGAUGACGGCUUUAUGAUCUCUCCAUCUAAUCUCAGGUACUCGCUAGAUCUUCUUGACGAAGAGACGCGGGAUAACGUCAAUAAAGCUAUAGAGGUGCCCCCGCAGUUCACAUUACGUGGCUGCCAGGCUGGGGACGAGCGCUGUCUCUUUCUGAUAACGGAGCCGGUCGAAUAUACCGUUCGGACCGGUUCGGAACAGAGUGGCUACGGCAUUCCAAGCUGUACUUGUCAGAAUGGCGAGCGCGGCGAAUCCCCCUGUCGACAUAUCCUCUGGCUGUUAGACCAGAUUACUAACCAGGUCCUGGGCGUCCAGAGGAGCCCCUUUUCGUUAACAAAGUACGGGUAUCCGACAGAGCUUGGCAACCCUUACGAUGAGAUAUCGGAUUUCCAUCUGGACAUGCUGGCCGACAGCCUGCACUGCGACGUCGUCGGGCAGUCCCCCGAUCCCAACCCCAGACGGGUCCGGGAGACGCGGGAGAUACUCGCCUCGCUCAACGAGGUCCCCACCGACUCGUACCGGCCGGAUCUCUUCAACAACCCGCGCAAAGGCCGGCGCGUCGUCAAGAGAGGCGACCUCGAGCAGACCAUCUUCCGCAUGCUGCUCCGCAACGACGACUUCUUCCAGUACUUCCUCUCUUCCAUGCGCGCCGACGAACUGCACUCGAACCAGUUCCUCUCUCUGCAGCUCCGCGCCGACGCCGCGCUCGCUGGCCUCCAGCAGUACGCGGAUACUACUAUUACUACUACACCCACCACCGCGCCAUAA